ACAGCUGCUGUCAGAUGCAGUUGCAGAGUUUGGCUUGCUGCGAUUGCUCUCUCCCUAUUCCCACAACGACGUUGCUAGUGAAAAAGUUGCAUUAUUUUGUAAACAAAUCUGCACAACCGUUGUUUUGUUAUCUGUGCGAGUACGAGACGAGGUCGCGGCGGCCGGAACUAAUCGAAUUAUAUCACUUUCGCGUACAUGUUCUUAGAAAACGCGCUGUUGUGUGCGUGUGUGCGUAAGCUGUGUCGCGUCUGUGCUACGUGCUGCCGAUGGGAAAAUUCGUCCCACUUGUGGUGAAACCAGCUGAAAAUGGCUGAGUGUAUCGACGAUUGUCCACAAUAAGCGAAUAACGAAGCGAUAAAGCUUUACCAAUCAACGAACUUCAUUGAAACCGAAUGCGAUUGUUUCAUAAAAUGAGUUGUGCUCCAUAACUGCGUUUGGGGGGAGAGUAGUUUGUGUCUUUGCAGUGCAGUGUCGAAAGAAAACGCCAAAGAAAGAAACCUGCUGCAGUGCAUGCCAGGGGAAGAACCGCGGCGGAAGCCCGAAGGCGGAAGAAUGUGCCUUCAUUGGCGUGUCUGGUUACGGCCACUGCUGGUAAUACUCUACGUACUGUUUGUGAUCAUUGUCGUUCCGCUGCUGAUCGCCGAUUCCGUAAAGGAUGGCUUCACCCACAAAGGACAGCUCAUCCUGAUCGGCGGUCUGUUCGUGCUGUGCGCCAUACCGAUCUCGAUAUGGCAGAUCGCACAGCACACGAUCCACUACACGCAGCCACAGCUGCAGCGGCAUAUCAUCAGAAUCCUGUGGAUGGUACCGAUCUACGCGCUCAAUGCGCUCCUCUGCUUAAUCUACCCUUCCAAAUCGAUCUACAUGGACAGUAUACGCGAGUGUUACGAGGCGUACGUCAUUUACAACUUCAUGAAGUAUCUGCUGAACUAUCUUAAUCUCGAGAUGGAUCUGGAGCGGGCUCUAGAAUUUAACACACAAACGCAUCACUUCAUUCCCUGCUGCUGUCUGUCGACGUGGCAGAUGGGCCGAGAGUUUGUGCACAACUGCAAGCACGGUAUACUGCAGUACACGGUCGUACGGCCGUUGACCACCGUCGUUGCAUGCAUCUGCCAGCUAAAUCACGUGUACGGCGAGGGCCAGUUCCGAGCAUCGGUAGCAUUCCCGUACCUUGUGUUCAUCAACAAUUGCUCUCAAUCGAUCGCAAUGUACUGUCUGGCACUGUUCUAUCGAGCCACCCGCAAUGAGCUGCGCGCAAUGCGACCGCUGCCCAAAUUUUUCUGCAUCAAAGCGGUCAUUUUCUUCUCCUUCUUUCAAAGCGUGAUCAUCUACUUCCUCGUGUACUACGGCAUCAUAAAGGACAUUUUCGACAGCAACACGUCCGAGUUUGCCUCACAGCUGGAGCUGUCCACCAAGCUGCAAAACUUUCUCAUCUGCAUCGAAAUGUUCCUGGCCGCGCUCGCCCACCACUACAGCUUUUCGCACCACCCGUACGUGCUAAACAUUCCGGUAGGUUUGACCGCUAGGGGAAGCAUCAAUGGUAGCAGUGUGGGUGGUGGUCGAGCGAGUACGGCUGGUGGUGGUGGUGGUGGCGGCGGCGGCGGCGGAGGAGGAUUUCAAUCCUGGUACUAUGGUUUUUUGACCAUGCUCGACCUGUCCGACGUACGGCAGGAUGUGUCGGAACAUUUGGGCGAAGUCGGUAGCUCGCUAAGCCGACGGUUUCGGGGUCGUGCGGUGUACGAUUUAGCUCCAGGAAGCAGUAGAACCUGUGAUAUGAGCAUUAGCGGCUCGGAACGCGAGUUUCUCGUACCACCGGAUGGUGGCACCGGUGGUAACAAUCUGCUCGCAAGCCAAUGCUACCAGAGCGGGCUGUAUUACAGUGCGACGGGGGCGGGCACCGGUGUGUCACAGCUGUAUCCGGGCGGACAAUCAAAACUACCGCCAUCCGGCAGCAGUGGUACGAUUGGCAAUCCAAGGUACGGUGCGCUUGACACUGGCAUCAGUAUCGUGCGACCCAAGGUGGAAAAGCUCGUCGAUACACCGAACGAAGGGGCGCCGCCGAAGGAGAUCAACAUUUUCAAUCAGUUCCCCUCGACGAAAGCGCUCAAUCUGACGCUCAGCAAAACUCCCAGCUACGAGAAUUUAAUUUCACUUAAAAACGAUGGCAACGAUCCGACCACAUCGUCACGAAGCGGGAAGACAAACGCUGGUAAGCAAAGGCUGUCCAGUAAACGUCCGGGUACGGAAGGAACGUCAAACAGUGAAUCGAGUUCCUCGCAGCGAUUAAUGCAACGGUCCGAGAGCAAUGGAAGCGACUGGCUCAGCACGCCCGACGAUGAGCUCGGGAUCGACGUGAAGGGGGUUAGCAGCGACAAUAUUAACAUCAAUCCGAAUCGUCAUCGGAAAGCGUAAGCGUAAAGCGGCGCCCGAACCCGACCGUGCCGACGAAUGAUUGCUCAUACUCAAGCAGUAGAAGCGAGGGAAAAAGAACGGCCAAUAAUCUCUCAUCGCGCUUCGUCGCUGCGAAUUGUAUCGAAAUUGUCCUUAUUUUUCUUAGUUAAAUCUCAAGCAACCAAUCCGCGGACAGACUGUGCAUUAAUAGGUCAGCCGUGUAACCGUAUCUGUGGUAUCUCGAAGCAAAAUCCAAAUCCUUUCCCUACCUUUGGCCUCAAUGAACGCCUGAAAACGCCGUACUGCUGCAUACACAGUCAAACUGAUAUAUUAUUGUUUAAUCGUCCACGUUUAACCUUCCGCUCAUUUAGAGGUUCGUUUGUAGAUUUUGCGCUCGAAGAAUGGCAAAUAAAUUAUAUAUCAAAAGAGAAACGAGAA